AUGGGCUCCAUGCCGAAUAACUCAGAACCAAUAUCAGCGAUCCUUGAUGCCAUCGGUCAUGUCACGUCCUCUCUGGCCGCCUACGAGCGGGUAACGAGGAAGUACGGUGGUAGUGAAGAAGUUGCCCAUAAGGGCGAGAUUGCAGUUGCACGCAAUGCCAUGACCAAGGAUGCUAUCCAGCUUCUCCAAGAAAUUCGUGGGCCCAUUGAUACCGUUUAUGGAUUCUUCGAAAUGGGAUCCCAAGCAUCGGCUAUUCGCUGCCUCAUUGCAAUGGGAGCGUUUGACAAGAUUCCCACUGAAGGCAGCAUCACUGUAGCCAAGCUGGCAUCCGAGCUCGGUGUUGACCAGAACCUGCUCACCCGUUUGAUGAGAGUUGUGAGCGUCACCGGACCCUUCCAACAAGUGCGAGAGGAUGAGUAUGCCCAUACUGCUUUCUCCAAGGCUUAUCUGAUCCCAGAAGUCCGAGGAAUGUAUACUCUGAUAUUCGACGAAAUGUACCCCCCGUGGGUCAAAAUGCACGAGUUUCUCGCCUCUCGCGGUUGGAAGAGUGAUGGGGAGGAGAGAGAUAAUGCAUACACGUAUGCGCAUCAAACCGGCGGCAAGAGCUUCUGGGAGCAUCUGAAGCAGUAUCCAAAGCGUGUGGAGGCUCUCAACCUCGGUAUGGGAGCACAGACUGCUACAACCAUGUGGUCCGUGGACAUUGUCGACUUCAGGGCCCUGCUGGCAUCCAAGAAGACAAACAAGGAUGACGUGUUGGUAGUCGACGUUGGAGGUGGGAAGGGACACUGCCUUCAGAGGAUCAACAAGGCUAUCUCGGACAUCGAGGGCCGCCUGGUCCUGCAAGAUCGUCCAGAGGUGAUUAGCGAUACGUACGACUUGGAUUCUUCGCGGAUCGAGAAGUACGAGUACAACUUCUUUGAACCUCAGCCAAUCCAGGGCGCGCAUAUAUACUACAUCCGUCGCGUCUUGCAUGACUGGCCGAAUCAUCUUUGCGUCGACAUCCUGAAGAACAUUGCCAAUGCGAUGGAGCGCGGAAAGUCGCGUUUGGUCAUCGCAGAAAUCGUUGUUCCCCCAACUGGAGGGGAUUCGGAAACUGGGUGGAUGGAUCUAGUUCUAAUGACUGUCACUGGUGUCGAGCGCAGCGCAAAAGACUGGCAAGAAUUACUCAGUGCCGCAGGUCUCAAGCUGGAGAAGAUCUAUACUUCCCCUGGCACUAACCACGGUGCUGUCCAAGCCGUCCUUGCAUGA